UCGACACGCGGAGGCAUCUCUCGCUCCGCGUCUCCGCUCGGCGCAGUUUAGGCUUACGUAGGUCAGGUUACGAUCAGUUCGCGGGAGCGCUCGUGCGGUGCGCGUUGCUCUUAGGGGUGGUCCCGUGAGUCAGGCGCGCCUUAGAUGAUCGAUCACGUGGGUGACGUCGCAUUACCUGCGAGACUUAACGUGCCCGCGAGGAAGAGGAGGCUGACGCGGCGCGUUCGAUGUGCGCGCCGACGUCGCGAUGGACAACAACCCUAGCGGCCCCAGGGACGGUCGUUACACGAGCCUCGGCUACAUGGGGAUGAUCGGGGGCGGCGAGGCGGCCGGCGCCGAGAUCUACGGCAGGCCGACCUCCACGUCUCAACUCGCCGCCGCGGCGGCGGCCUCCCAGAUGGGCCGCGGUGGCGCCGCCAUGAUGGCGGUCUCGGGCGCCGCGACGCCAGGCGUCGUCCAGACCCGGGGUAUCAAGCGCACCACGUCGGACGUCUGCUACGACGACGGCGGGAACGUGGGGCCGCGGCAGCAGGGUCUCGCGCAGAGCAUGCCCGGGAUGCCCGACUGCGUGCCGGAGAAUCUUGAGGAGUCUUUCACGAGUCUCGGCCAGCCCAAGAAGUCGCCACCCUCCAACGGCAAGAAGACCAAGGGGAGAGUCAAGAUCAAGAUGGAGUAUAUCGAUAACAAGCUCAGGAGGUACACCACGUUCUCCAAGAGGAAGACCGGCAUCAUGAAGAAGGCGUACGAGCUGUCAACGCUGACCGGCACGCAGGUGAUGCUGCUGGUCGCGAGCGAGACCGGCCACGUGUACACGUUCGCGACGCGGAAGCUGCAGCCGAUGAUCACGAGCGAGGCGGGCAAGGCCCUAAUCCAGACGUGCCUGAACAGCCCGGACCCGCCGCCGUCCGGCUCGUCGGGGGACCAGAGGAUGUCAGCGACCGGCUUCGAGGAGACCGAGCUGACGUACAACAUUGCCGACGACGAGCAGAAAGAGGAAGAAGGAUCACCCAGGUCUGACAUUUGCGCCAAUGAGAGCGACGGAGAUACCAGCGACGGCGACUCCAAGGAUCCUCUCAAGAAUAAUCACUCGGGAAAUGUGCCUUCGUUCUCUGCAGGGAUCAUGUACCAGAUGCCUCAGAGUGUCAUUUAUUCGCCCAGUCCAGGGGUCUUGCUCGGCAUAGGACAAAACGGGCAACCGGUGCAAAUAUCUCAAGACGGAGGUACGGUGACAUCGGUGGCAAACUCAUCGCAAUCGAACCAACCAUUUAUCACGAUACCACUAAACGUCGCGAUGAGCGCGGCGGGAUUGUCCUUACCUGUGACCUCCAGAAUGACCUCCAGGUCGCCCACGACGACAACGACGACGGCGACAACGACGGCGUUGUCCACCUGCGGUGACCUGCCGUCCGAUCUGAGCAAGGAUCGGGAAUGACACGGGAGUUUCUCGACGACGAAAGUAUAGUAGUAUAGUAGUUGUUGUGUGAGCCUCUCGUUUUUGUGCUGCGGAAAUUGUCGUGUGCUUAGAAACGAAUGGCGGAAACAACUCGGAAUUAAUAGACUCGCGAUAUUUUUGCACGCCCUAGAAAUAAAUAAUUAUUAGAAUAAUAAUAUAAUAAUAAUUUACUAUUAUUAUUAAUUUUAUUAUUUUUAAUUAUUUAUCGGGACGGCUAAAUAAUCGUGGAAUUUUUUCGAGCGGAUCAGAACGACUUACGAUUCAUCAUCGCAAAUUGGGAUUCUUCGCCCCUCUUUCGUACUUUCGUUUUUGGGAGAAACCGCGAUUGGUGUAAGAGAAGGAAUCGAUAUUCACGCAUUUCUCAUGUUAGAAAAAAAUUAUAAAGACGAUUGCGAAAUGUAAUUGAUGACGAGGCGAGAACUGUGUUUCUAAAAAGAAUAGAAAGAUCCAAUGAUGAACUUUAUAUAGAAAGUAUAUAUCUCACUUACAACUUUAUAUAGAAAGUAUAUAAGAUUUUAUGAUCGCUAUCGUAAAAUAGUCCUAAUAAUUGUAUCUAUAAAGAUAUCCAAAUGGAUCGGAAUGAAAAAUGCCUUUCUUCUGAGACGAACUUCAGUAACGUAUUCCGGGAAUACUCACUGCCAAUUAUGUGAGACUGACACCGCAUACAAAUCCAACACUCAUUUAGACAAUUGUUUUGUCUUUCGACAUAUAAUGUAGUGAAUUAAUUUGCCGUAUAGAAUUUUUCGAAUUAUUUUUAUGAGAGAAGUUUAUCUGCUCAAAGAGAAUUUUCUCUUGGAAUUUACCCUGAAACCCUCACAUGACAAUCGUGGGACAACAUGGUAUUGGAAGAAUUUUAUGAGUUUCUUUGAUUAAAUAUUUACCACA